AUGAACGAUCGACGUGUUACGAGGUCUGUAAGGGAAGCCCUGCUUGAAUAUUGGAUGUCGGGCGGGUACCUGCGUCAAUUCGACCACCUGAAGCGCAACCGGAUCCGAAAGCCGCCUGCAAUCAUCCAUGAAGUCUCUUCCGAGACGGGAGACGAAAAGAAACGAAUUACAGCGACGCCGCAUUUCAACACGUCUCAGGUGCCUUCCCCGUUCAGUAUGCUUAACAACACAAUCGUCACAUAUAGCGAGCCCGAGACUACGCCUAUCAGCGAAGUCCAAGCUAUUCAUUGUAAGCUUGUGGAAGCUGAGAACCAGUGCAACAUGACCAUCGUAACUCAAUUUUCCAAAACGGACCCAAUGCUCAGUCAUGAGCAAUGGGAGGCCAUUGUCGCACGUCAUUAUAUGCUUCUGUGUGAGUACUAUGACUUCUUGUCCACCACUCAGGACUACUCUGCCAGUCCAAAAUUGCGUGGGCUUGCGAGCAAGCAUGCAAUCCCAGCGCGCUUAUGGGAGAAGGGGAUACGUUCCUUAUUGGAUCGACUACAUGGCUGUUUGCCUGAAUCACACGACCAUAUGUGUACCUUCAUCGACUUGGCGUGUUCCAUCAUGGACCUGCUAAACCAAACGGUACCGGCCUUUGAAUCUACUUGGAUUGAACACCUUGGUGAUCUGGGUGCAUACCGGACCGCUAUGGAAGACGAUCACUUCGAGGACCGCGAAGCCUGGACGUCAACCACACGUCAAUGGUACUCCGAGGCCAGUCAUAGGUCUCCCUCGAUCGGCCGUCUUUAUCACAGAUUAGCAACCUGUGCGGAACCGAACAUUCUCGAGCAGCUCUUCUUCUACACAAAGUCUCUCUGUGUACGAGUUCCGUUCCUAGACGCUCGGGAUUCCCUUGCGGUGUUCUUCAAACAGAACAUGGACGAGGUCUCCGGAACGUCCGUGGUAAGCACAAAUUCGUACGGCUUCAAUGAGACUCCUGACAUCAAGCUGACGAACGAGGUGGCCGUAUCUCUUGACCCGAGUCGCGUAGAUGACGGAACCGAGAAACUUGACCACCUGGAGUCCGAGGGCAUGAUACAUUUGGCCUUGGCAGUCGAUCUAGAGGAUUCCGACAUGGUGAUGAUUGAUAUCAUGGUUCCCGACGCGGACGAGCUCGGUUGUAUGGAGCAAGAGUCUCCAGUCGCCAUCGCCGUACCUCUCCACGACGAGGAGGUGACCGGAGCUAUGGAUAUCACCACUGUCUUCGUACGCGCCCACGGUCUUCUGUUCUCUGAGAAGGACCACAAUCAGUCCAUUGCCCAGUCGAAAAUCUUGACUGAACACCUCGCUACAUCUGCUUGCCAGUGGACGGAGGAUGGGUACCACAUAUCGAUCGUCCUGAAUUGCGCUCUGCUUGAGUACGGUAGCGAGAGCAACCCGAUCAUGAGGAUCAUCAAACAAGGACGUGGAGACGAAGGAGACAUGGCAGUCAGCGACACCCCAAACUUCGACGAGAGGCAAACCGUUCCAACUCAAAGACUUAACGACGCGCUUGAGUUUAUUUCCCGUGCCCAUAGAGCUGUGUUUGGCCUCACUGGCGAUGAGAUGGCGUACCCCUACUUGCAUGUCACCCUGGUGUUCUUGCACCACAUGUCACAGUUCCCCGACGCGAUGGCCUAUAUCGAGGAGAAGAUGCCCUGGAAGAGGAUCUCCUUA